AUGGUGAAUCCUGUAUGGGGAAUGUGGAUUGACAAGAUCAACAACGACGUCCUCAACGCCAUCGAAAACGACAGCGUCGAGAUGGAAGCAAUCAUCAGCCGCGCUUCGAAAGGAAUUUCCUUUCUAACCGCCAACGGCAUGGCAAUGAACGACAUAGCAGUAUACCUCAACAACAAUAACUUACCUAGAAAGGACGUCUAUGCGAAAAAUUUUGGCUCAAAUCCCCUUAUGCCUAUCGUGUACGACCUCCAGUCUGAUACCGUGUGGCGACGCUCCGAGCGAGCCCGCAAUGUGAUAUCUUGGAUUCUCGAAUCUACAUCCGUUAACCUUCAAACUAUGAUCGAAUUGGAGAAGAAGAAACGUGACGAGGCCUCACAAGCUUACCUGACCGCACAACGCAAUGUGACCGCCAUCGAGGAUAUCUUUGGAAUUUCCAAUUCAGACGCACCCCUGCAGGCCGUACUGCGAUAA